AUGGCAGGCAACAACAGAGACGAGCGUACACCAUUGCUUGAUGGUGAUGCACCAACUGCUGGUCGGGCUGACUCAAGCGAGUCGACAGGCACCCGUAUCAAACGCUUCUUGCAACGCAAUGGCGUCUAUCUAAUCAUUAUACUUUUACUGCUGUUGGUCCUCAUACCAUUGAUUAUCCAGAGUGUUCGUAACAGCUCUGAGCACCACGGCUCUCAUGAUCAUAACAAGAAACACCAUCACGAUAAGGAACCUUCGAAUCCAUCAACCAACAAUACCGAGCUUUGUACAUCUGCCGCGUGUGUGCUCGCAUCUGCAAAUAUUCUCCGUAGUCUUGCUCCAAGCUACGAGAAGCUGGAUCCUUGUGAUGAUUUCCGCACGUAUGUCUGUGCUGGAUUUGAUGCUAGCCACGAAAUUCGAGAGGAUCAGGCUGGCGUUGGCAACCUUCAGAUCAUGAAUGAAGACAACCAGCUCAUCUUGAAGCACAUCCUAGAAUCGCCUGCUCCCAAGGAUACGUCGCUGUUCUGGACUGCAGCAAACCCAGAUCAGGAGAUUUUCACCAAGUUGCAGGACGGUUACAACGCAUGCAUGAACGAGACAUUACUUUCUCACAUUGGAUCCAAACCUCUGCUCGAUCUUCUUUGGCAACUCGAUGAGAUCUACCCUGAGAAAUCGAAGUCAAGCAAGAAGGACGAGUCGCUGACUAAGGCAGUUGAGUACCUGAUGGAGAUCGGUGUUGGAGGUCCAGUCUCUGUUGACGUUGGUGCUGAUGAUAAGGACCCUGAUGUCAAUAUUGUUUCUGUCGGUGCUCCUUGGUCAUUCGGAUUGCCCAGUAAACAAUACUUCGAACGUGCAGAAAUUGUUGCAUCAUACAAAGAUACCAUCGGAACUGUCUUGGAGGCUCUUCUCAAGGAGGCCAAGUCUGGUGUCCUCUCCUUCAUGUACGAGGGAGACAACGAAUCUGGUAUACUGAGCAAGGAUCUUGUUGACAGCCUUGUUGCCUUUGAGAAAUCUCUGGCAAAUGCCGCUCCGGACCCAGAGGACGCUGCCGAUGUUACAAAGUACUACAACCCGCGUACCUUGAAGGAGACCGAAGCCUACAAUUCGGAAAUCUCUAUCACUCACAUCCUUGACAAAUUUGCACACGGCUACACACCCUCGAAAAUUAUUGUUGGCUCACCAUCCUAUCUGAAGGACCUUUCUAAAAUCCUCAAAUCGUCCUCGAGAAAGACAAUCAAGACUUAUCUGGUCUGGAAGGUAGUCCAAUCUUGGGCUGGAGCUGUUGAGGACCCUGCUGUACAACCACUUCUACGAUUCAGAAACAAGUUGCAAGGCAAAGCCCCAGAUGUCAGGCAAGAACGCUGGAGAACAUGCGUGAGUUCGGUUGGUAAUGACCUUGAAUGGAUCAUGAGUCGCUUCUUCAUAGAGCGCGCGUUCUCCAAAGAGGCAAAAGACCUAGGCGACCAGAUUAUCCUUGACAUCAAGGAUGCUUUCACCAUCAAGCUUAACGAGUCCGAAUGGAUGACCGAAAGCGUUCGCCAGUUGGCCAUUGAGAAGGUCCAUCUCAUCCGUCAGAAGAUCGGUUACCCCACUCGCAGCCCUGAUAUCACCAACGCUGGAGAAUUGCAGCAAUACUACAGCAACAUCAGUGUCUCGGCCACAGCUUAUUUCGAAAACAAGCUAUCAGUUGUCAGACACGAUGUCCGCGAAAGCUGGUCACGAGCAGGCAAACCAGUCGAUAAAGACGAGUGGGAUAUGAGUGCACCCACGGUCAACGCAUACUACAAUCCACCGGCUAAUGAAAUUGUGUUCCCUGCGGGUAUUAUGCAAGCUCCGGUCUUCUAUGAUCCUUCUAUACCCAGAUAUCUUUCUUAUGGUGCUUUUGGCGCCGUUGCUGGUCACGAGCUGUCACAUGCCUUCGACUCGUCCGGCAGGAAUUACGACCAGAACGGCAACUACACCGAUUGGUGGGACAAACCUACCAUCGAGGCUUUCAAGACCAAGACUGAUUGCUUCGUUGAGCAAUACCACAACUACACUGUUCCCACCAAGAAUGGCCGUCUGCCAAUCAACGGAAAGCUCACCUUGGGCGAGAACAUUGCUGAUGCCGGUGGUCUCACCGCCGCUUAUCAGUCAUGGAAGCGUCGCGAUGACGAGAAGGCAGAUCUUAUGCUGCCGGGUCUUGACCACUUUACCAAGGAGCAGAUCUUCUUCCUUGCAUACGGACAGACUUGGUGCGGCAAGAUGAGGGAGGAGCAAAUCGUGCAGAGGAUUUACACAGACCCUCACAGUCCUGACAUGUUCAGAAUCAAGGGUACAACUGCCAACUCGCGCGAAUUCAGAGAAGCCUUCAACUGUCCUGUCAAGGCACCUACUUGUGAGCUCUGGUAA